GCUGAGCGCCGCGUGCCUCAUCCCGCCCAGCGCGCAGGUGAGGCGGCUGGCGCGCUGCCCCGCCACUUGCAGCUGUACCAAGGAGUCCAUCAUCUGCGUGGGCUCUGCCUGGGUGCCCAGGACCGUGCCGGGCGACAUCAGCUCCCUGAGCCUGGUAAAUGGAACGUUUUCGGAAAUCAAGGACCGGAUGUUUUCCCAUCUGCCUUCCCUGCAGCUGCUAUUGCUGAAUUCUAACUCAUUUACAGCCAUCCGGGAUGAUGCUUUUGCUGGACUUUUUCAUCUCGAGUACCUGUUCAUUGAGGGGAACAAAAUAGAAACCAUUUCAAGAAAUGCCUUUCGUGGCCUCCGUGACCUGACUCACCUCUCUUUGGCCAAUAACCACAUCAAAGCCCUCCCACGGGAUGUCUUCAGUGAUUUAGACUCCCUGAUUGAACUAGAUUUAAGGGGCAAUAAAUUUGAAUGUGACUGCAAAGCCAAGUGGUUGUAUCUGUGGUUGAAGAUGACAAAUUCCACCGUUUCUGAUGUGCUCUGUAUUGGUCCACCACAAUAUCAGGAAAAGAAGCUAAAUGAUGUGACCAGCUUUGACUACGAAUGCACAACUACAGAUUUUGUUGUUCAUCAGACUUUGCCCUACCAGUCGGUUUCGGUGGAUACGUUCAACUCCAAGAAUGACGUGUACGUGGCCAUCGCUCAGCCCAGCAUGGAGAACUGCAUGGUGCUGGAGUGGGACCACAUCGAAAUGAAUUUCCGGAGCUAUGACAACAUUACAGGUCAGUCCAUCGUGGGCUGUAAGGCCAUCCUCAUCGACGAGCAGGUCUUUGUGGUGGUGGCCCAGCUCUUUGGCGGCUCUCACAUUUACAGAUACGACGAGAGCUGGACCAAGUUUGUCAAAUUCCAAGACAUAGAAGUCUCUCGCAUUUCCAAGCCCAACGACAUUGAGCUGUUUCAGAUCGAGGACGAGACGUUCUUCGUCAUUGCAGACAGCUCUAAAGCUGGUCUGUCAACAGUUUAUAAAUGGAACAGCAAAGGAUUCUACUCGUACCAGUCUCUACACGAGUGGUUCAGGGACACAGAUGCGGAGUUUGUCGAUAUAGAUGGAAAAUCGCAUCUGAUCCUGUCCAGCCGCUCCCAGGUGCCCAUCAUCCUCCAGUGGAAUAAAAGCUCUAAGAAGUUUGUCCCCCACAGCGAUAUCCCCAACAUGGAGGACGUGCUGGCCGUGAAGAGCUUUAGAAUGCAGAAUGCCCUCUACCUCUCGCUCACCCGCUUCAUCGGGGACUCCAGGGUCAUGCGGUGGAACAGUAAGCAGUUUGUGGAGAUCCAGGCUCUUCCGUCCCGAGGAGCCAUGACCUUGCAGCCCUUUUCUACUAAAGAGAAUCACUACCUGGCCCUGGGGAGUGACUAUACAUUCUCCCAGAUCUACCAGUGGGAUAAAGAGAAACAGCUCUUCAAAAAAUUAAGGGAAAUUUAUGUGCAAGCACCUCGUUCCUUCACAGCUGUCUCCACUGACAGGAGAGAUUUCUUUUUUGCAUCCAGUUUCAAAGGGAAAACAAAGAUUUUCGAACAUAUAGUUGUUGACUUAAGUUUGUGAAGGUGUGAUUGGUGAAUUUAAAAGACAUGUAGCACUAGCUCUCGCGAGAGAGGACCAAG